AUGAUCUUGGGGUCCGUGGCUCCGGCCAUCGACAGGACUAGGGCGAAGGAGAGUCGGAGGCGGGCCAGGCUAAGUAUCAUCAAGAAGACCAACAUUAUUGUGCGGGUGACGACCUUGGCCGUGCACGGAUCUAGCCUGCACGUCGAUCGCGGUCACGUGGGCGGCGCAAUACUGUCGACAAUAGGCUACGAGGCCGUCGGUUACAUUGCAGAGAUUGGUAGCUCUGUGUCCUUACUAGUUGUUGGUGACCAGGUGAUCAUUCCAGACACUAUAUUGAUGGAUCACUUGGAGAUAGAGCUGACGGCAAAAGAAUAUUUCGGCUUUGGAAACAGUGAGAUGGGCCUUGGUGGACUUCAAGGUUCAGCAGUCUCCGUCAUACCAAUGCCGACGAUCAUUGGAAUCCUCUGUAUGUGCUUUCGGGAGGAGGCCGAACUACCUUUGACGGAUGACCUUGCGCUCUUGAGGGCUAAUAUCCGCGUCAUGUAG